AUGGAAACUAUUUACAGCCGUUAUUAUGAUAUCGUUUGUAAAAUAUCAUCUCUCACUGGUAUGUGGCCAUAUUUAAAGCCAAAAACAAGAAUAUUUCGUAUAGCUUUGUUAACUAUAAUCUUGUUAACUAUACUGAUACCACAGAUAGCAUAUCAAUUUAUGUGCAAGAAAAGCUUGCAUUGCACCUUUCAGGCGAUGACAGCGUAUUUAUUAUCAUUUGUCGCUCUAUUGAAGGUGUUCACCUUCCAAUUCAACAUUCAUACAAUUAAAGAUCUUACUCAACACUUGCUCUGCGAUUGGAAAGAAUUAAAUACUUAUGAAGAAUACGAAAUUAUGAAGUCCUACGCUGCGAAUGGUAGACGAUUCUCUUUGAUAUAUUCUGUAUAUUGCUUCGCAGCGAUAAUUAUAUUCAUGUCAAUGUCCCUUAUUCCACAUACGCUCGAUAUCAUAUUGCCUCUUAACGAAUCCCGUCCCGUAUUACCGCCAUAUCGAGGAUACUACUUCGUAGACAUCCGAGAACAUUUUUUUCAAAUAUUCUGGCAUGCCAUCGUGGCCUGGGAAAUUGUUAUAGCCGGUAUAAUUGCCCAUGAUUGCUUGUUUGUAACUUACGUCGAGCAUGUUUGUAGCAAAUUUGCUAUAACUGGAUAUGCGCAACUUCUUGAAGAUACAUUUACUAUACCUUUCGCUAUGCAGAUAUUCAUAGUAACGGUAGGAAUGAGCAUUACUUUACUGCAAAUUACACAGGAUAAAAGCAAUAUCUUAGAAGCAACAAGAUACGUGUUCUAUAUCAUUGGCCAACUGAUUCAUUUAUUUUUUCUUAGUUUCGAAGGACAAAGACUGAUAGAUCACAGCCUUCAGAUACGCGAUAAGAUGUAUAACAGCUCCUGGUAUAAAGCAUCCAUGAAAUUACAAAAGAUAAUCAUGCUAGUGAUGAUGAAGAGUCUUUAUCCGAGUUUCUUAAGCGCAGGAAAAGUUUACAUUUUCUCUCUACAGACCUUCACUAUGGUUCUACAAACCUCGAUGUCGUACUUUACAGUACUCGCGUCCUUUUAA